AUUUUAUGUAAAGUAAGGUUUCAAGAAAUUACAGCUGGCGUAUGUUGAUUAAAUACGUAGUUUUGUGAUCAAUAAUAUAUGUUUAAAAAUGUCUUAUGAUCCCUAUCGCGAACAUCGGCGUACAUCCGGAGAAGAUCCUUACGACGAAACUAAUAGCCGUGGUCGUCGUUUACCUGGACGCUAUUUAAACGAAGGGUCCGGUGUAGACCGGCGUCCAAGAGAGCCAGAUUCACGUUACGAUAGAGAAGUUGCCGGGAGGUAUCGUCCGCGCGAACCUGAUUCACAUUAUGUGGCAGAGCAGUCAUAUGAUUUGUAUGCAACUGGUGAAUCGAGAGAUGGUCGCGAAAGUCGACGACCACGUGAGCCCCAUAAUCCUUUCGAUAUAGAUCGUCGACCACGAGAGCCCGAAUCUCGUUAUCAAGAUAGUUCUGCUAUUCGGCGUCCACGUGAACCUGAUUCACGUCAGACUGAUUAUCGUUCUGAAAGCACAUCUGGUAAUAAUCAUCGCCCACGUGAACCCGAUUAUCGUUAUGAUGAGAGUUCGUCUGGUAGUAGCCGCCAGCCACACGAGCCUGACUCAUCUUAUGAUGAACCGCGUUCUAAGAAAUCAAAAGGGGAUGGUUACUCUUCCGAUUCGUUAAAGAAAGAACGUCGUUCUGCAGAGGAUGAUACUACAACCACAAGUCAAGGAUCAGCAAAAUAUAAGCCAGUAAAACUGAAUGGCGAAGGUAAACCUAAAGAAAAUAGUGAUGCCGGUGUAAUCACAGAAAGUGGUGGUAAACCUAAAACGGAAAGAGAAGAGAGAGGAACUCGACGUAGUCGUUUACGUUUUGAUGCUGUUAAUACUCGUCCUGUAGAAUUAGAUUCGAAACUUGGCUCUUCAGGGAGAACAGUCAAACUACAAACAAAUUAUUUUGUUUGUAAAACAAAAGCUGAUUGGUGUAUUUAUCAACAUAUUGUAUCUAUAGAUCCAGAAAUUGAAGUUCGUCGUAUACGUAGUGGUAUUUUAUCAAUAAUUUCUAGUAUACUUGGUGGAUAUUUGUACGAUGGCCGUGAUUUGUUUUCCAAUAAGAAAAUAACUGAAAACGAGUCGAAAUAUGAAGUGGAUGCGAAAGAUGGACGAAAGUAUACUAUAACUAUUCGAUAUGUUGGUGUGUUACAGAUGACGGAAUAUCAAGCCCUACAUAUUUUAAAUUUAAUAUUGCGCCGAGCAAUGGGAACACUUAAUUUACAAUUAGUUGGACGAAAUUUUUAUGAUGCUCUUGCAAAGAUUAACAUCAAGGAAUUUAAUCUCCAAUUAUGGCCUGGUUACGAGACAUCUAUCCGUCAACACGAACGUGGUAUUCUUUUACGCGCUGAAAUUGCUCACAAAGCCAUGCGUACAGAAACUUUGUAUGAUAUUUUGCGUAGAUGUAUGUCAAACCAUAGAAAUUUUCAAGAAGAGUUUCGUCGUCAGGCCAUUGGUACAACAGUUUUGACUGAUUAUAACAAUCUGACCUACACUAUUACUGACAUCGAUUUUAAUUUAAAUCCUAAAUGCACAUUUUUGUAUAAAAAUGCAGAUAUAUCAUAUAUGGAGUAUUACUCUAGGAAAUACAACAUUCAUAUACGCGAUGAACGCCAACCAUUAUUACUCACAAAGGGCAAAAAGAGUUUAAAUAAAACUGAUGAACUUAUAAUACUUAUACCAGAAUUGUGUCGUUCAACUGGACUCAAUGACGAAAUGCGUUCAAAUUUCAAUCUUAUGCGUUCACUUGCCGAAUAUACUCGUAUGAAUCCAGAUCGGCGUAUCGAUCGGUUAAUGGCAUUUAAUCGCCGGUUACAAUCAUCAGAAAAUUGCACUAAAAUAUUUAAUGAAUGGAAUUUAACACUGGAAAAAUCCCUGGUUGAAGUUACAGGGCGUGUCUUGGAACCUCAAAAAAUCGUUUUUAAUAAUCAAAAAGUUCCUGCAGGUGAUGAUGCCGAUUGGACUCGUCAUUUUCGUGGCAGUCAUAUGUUAACUUCACCAUCACGUGGACUUGAGCGUUGGGUUUUCGUUUAUAUAGGUCGUCAAACACGUGAUAUGCGUAACUUUACUGAAGCUCUUUUACGUGCUGCAAAUGGUUUGAAAUUUCAAAUUUCUCGUCCCAGAGAAAUGACGAUUAAUGACGAUCGUACAUAUUCCUACAUUAGCGCUUUAGAGGAAGCAGCUCGUGGUGAUCCACAGUUAAUCAUGUGCUUGGUGCCAAAUAAUAAUGCUGAAAGAUACAUCACAUUGAAGAAAAAAUGUUGUCUGGACCGUGCUAUACCAAUGCAGAUAAUAACACAAAAAACAGCGAGUAAUCAACGUGGACUUAUGAGCGUUGCUACUAAAGUAGCAAUACAAAUUAAUGCUAAGCUUGGAUAUACACCGUGGAUGGUUGAAAUACCUCUUAAUGGUUUGAUGAUCGUAGGUUUUGAUACAGUAAAAAGUACACGCGAUCGUUCAAAACAAUUUGGUGCACUAGUUGCCACAAUGGAUAUGAAAACAAAUGCAACAUUUUAUAGUACAGUAGCUGAAAUGAGUGUUCAUGAUAAUUCGGCUCCCAUUUUAUGGGCUAUGAUGGUUAAAGCGUUACACCAAUAUCGCCUAGAACAUAAAGCACUACCAAAACGUAUUAUAUUUUAUCGAGAUGGUGUUAGUGACGGUCAGCUGCAACACGUCGUUGAUUUUGAAGUCAAAGAACUAGUUGCUAGACUUAAUGAACAAUACACAGCUGUUGGCUGUGAAAAGGGUUUAAUGUUUUCAUUUAUUGUUGUUACGAAAGCUUCCAGCACACGAUUCUUUGCUAACGGUAAAAAUCCACCUCCUGGUACAGUUGUUGACGAUGUUAUUACAAUUCCAGAACGGUAUGACUUUUAUAUAGUAUCGCAAUGUGUACGUCAGGGCACCGUUUCACCUACCGCUUAUAACGUUAUUUUUAGCAAUAUACGCCUAUCACCAGAUCAAAUACAAUUACUGACAUAUAAAGUAUGUCAUUUAUAUUACAAUUGGUCAGGUACAACUCGAGUUCCAGCCGUAUGUCAAUACGCCAAAAAGUUAGCAACGCUUGUUUCGCAUUGUUUACUAAAUGCACCUCAAUGUGUACUUGAGAAACGUCUAUACUAUUUGUAAACAUCAAAGGUUUUUUAAAAAGUUUAAGCUGUUUUUUUAUUUUUAUAAUUAUUUCAAAUAUUCCAACGAAAUAUGAUAAAGACGACAUACAUUGACAAUGCCAAUUACGUAGUAAACGUUUUUAUCGCAGCUAUACAAGCAUUUAAUGCUUAAGUUAGUUUAUAUAUAUAUUCAAAUAAGUGAAGAUCAAAGUGCUACCUAACAUUACCCAAAAAUGACAAAAAAAAUUUCUUCAAACAAGCAUUGGCAUUUUGAAUUUUAUAAAGAGACAUGAUUUUUAAAAAUUAGAAAUGUAUAUGUAAAAAAAUUUUUCUUGACCUUAAGAAGACCAGAACAUUAUCACUUUUUA